AUGGCCAUGGCCGGGGCCGGGAGCGCAGCGCGGAGGCUGCUCCAGCCCUGCAGCCCGCGGGGCAGCGCGGAGGUACCAAAAAAGCAUCUGGCCCCUCUGGGAAAAGAGAGAGAAGCAGCCAAAGCCCAGGAGGAGCGGCACAGCGAGGAGCUGCUGAAACAGACAGAAGCCGAGAGGCAGAAGAUCGUCUGGGAGUGGCAGGAGCUGCGAGGGUUUCUGGAGGAGCAGGAGCAGCAGAUGCUGUCCUGGCUGGAAGAGCUAGAGAGAGCCAUUGUCCAGAGAAGGGAUGAGGGCAUCUGCAGCCUGUCCCGGGAGAUUUCCCUGCUCACUGAGAGGGAAGGAGAGAAGGGGCAGCAGCCGCUGAGCCAACCCCUGCAGGGUGCUGGGAGCACUGAGGGCAGGGAGGACGGGAUGUUUCGGAAGCCAGAACUGACAUUUGUGGAGCUGGAGAAGAGACUCAGCGAUUUCUCUCUGAAAAGUGCCAUGCUGCAGGAGGUGCUGCUGGGAUUCAAAGAGACACUGCGACGGGCGCUGGGGAGCAACACAGGAGGCAGAGUAACACCCACCUUUGACUCCAACUUGUCCCAGCCUCCCACGGGACAGGGAAGGGAACUGGCUGUAGUGGAGCCAGUCCAGGGGCCGGUGACCUUCGAGGAGGUGGCUGUGUAUUUCACCAGGGAAGAGUGGGCUCUGCUGGACCCCUGUCAAAGAGUCCUCUACAGAGACGUCAUGCAGGAGAACUAUGAGAAUGUGACCUCGCUGGGUGAUGCAAUGGUAUGUGACAAAGAGGAGCAGAAUUUUCAGAAGGAAAAUAUUGAGCAAGUGGAUAAACACAGAGCAUUAUCGCAAAGAUCGAAAAGGAAUGUGUCCAGGAGUCAUGAGCAGGGAAACUCCUGUGAGAUUCAGCGCAGACCAGAAAGAGAACAGGGAAACCAUCCAGGGGAGAAAGUGGGUAAAUGUAUUUCCUGUCAGGGAACUCAGAAGGACCUCAAUGAAACCACAACACAGCAGGAAAUCCUCAGGGGAAAGAGAAAAAAUACAUGCACUGAGGAUGGGAAAAUUUUAUGUGACUACUCAGUCCUUAUUAAGCAUCAGAGAAUCCACACAGGGGAGAGGCCCUAUGAAUGUCAUGAGUGUGGGAAAUGCUUCACUAAGAGCUCAUCCCUUUCUGAACAUCAGAGAAUCCACACAGGGGAGAGGCCCUAUGAAUGCCGUGAGUGUGGGAAAAACUUCACUCACAGAUCAGGCUUUUUUCGCCAUCAGAGAAUCCACAGAGGGGAGAGGCCCUAUGAAUGUAGUGAGUGCGGGAAAAGCUUCAAUCGCAGCUCGCACCUUAUUCGGCAUCAGAUAAUCCACACAAGAGAGAAGCCCUAUAAGUGCAGUGAUUGUGGGAAAAGUUUCACUAAGAGCUCAGCCCUUUCUGAACAUCAGAAAAUCCACACAGGGGAGAGGCCCUAUGAAUGCAGUGACUGUGGGAAAACUUUCAAUCGCAGCUCGCACCUUAUAAGGCAUCAGAGAAUCCACACAGGGGAGAGGCCCUAUGAAUGCAGUGAGUGUAGUAAAAACUACACUACCAGCUCAGCCCUCUCUGAACAUCAGAGAAUCCACACAGGGGAGAGGCCCUAUGAAUGCAGUGACUGUGGGAAAACCUUCAAUCGCAGCUCAAACCUUUUUACCCACCAGAGAAUCCACACAGGGGAGAGGCCCUACGAAUGCAGUGAGUGUGGGAAUACCUUCUCUUGGUACUCAGAGCAUUUUAGCCAUCAGAGAAUCUGCAAGGGAGAUCAACACCAUAAAAACCUCUAGUGCUAUCAAUACUUUUUCUUUAAAAAUUUUCCUGAUUCCCACAUAGUAACUUUUGAAGCUGUUUGAACUGUUUGCAGCACUGUUAUCCUUCAACUUGACCAGAUGAGUGGCCCAGUUUUGCCUUUUUGCAGUUUCCCCUGUUUUGAGGUGGACCCAUUUGUCCUUUCUAUCAACUCCAUUGUCUCAUGAGUAAUGGAAGUGUGCCCUUCCUCUCAGGAACCAGGGACCAUCAGAUUUAUACCAUUCCUCCUAUUGCAAAGUUAUUGUUAGAGUCACCAAUGAGUCAGAUUAUAUCAUUGCCAGUUAUUCUCACAUUGCUCUGGGUUGUGCUGAAGAGCAGUAAUAUUGGGAACUUUACAAAUUAUAUGUAAAUGAAGAGGACCAGGGGCAGGGAAAAAAGUGUCAUUUCAGCCCCUGUGACACCAGAAGGAUACAGGGUGACUCAGAGAUUCCCUCCUUCCCCAUCACCGCAGAACUGUUACCUUUUGUGUGAGCCAUGCAGAGUUUAUCUUCAUCACAUUCUAUCCAUCCACUUCUCAAAGUGUCAUGUGAUGAAGCAUUCUCCGUUGUCUGUGCUUGGAGAUGAUGCUUUGACUUCUUUAAUCCUAUAUCAGAGUCACUAUGAGUGGAGAUGAAAGUGUCAAAGACCUGAAAGGGGAAUUCAAAUGGAUCCCAAACACAGUUUGAUCAUUUAGAGUUUAUAGCCGAGGUUCCAUCUAUUGGUAAAGCCACUUCUUACAAGGUAGCUAUUUUGUCCCCCAUUAUGGCAAUGCUAGGAUACUAAAAAUGUUGUAAAUAACAUAGCUGACUAUUGAAACAGUGGUGAGUGAAGCAGGUUUGAAUGAAUCAGAGGAGAAUGUGAUGGGAGAAUGUCUUGUCCUGAUUCUGAAUAAUCAGAUGUAACCUGCUCUGGAAUUUCACUUGACACUUCCAUUGUCAUAUAUUCUGUCUCUCUGUGGUGUGGGUUUCUAUCUUUCCUGAAGGCUGUUUGGUCACCCAGUUGGAUAUUAGUUCAGUUUGAUAUGAUGUAGCUCAGAUUUAUUGGAGAACUUAAGACAUAUGACCAUUAGCUAAAGUCAUCAUUUCUCACUUCAGCUUUGCUUUUUCCCCAUCCCUCUAUGAUGACAUGGAGAAAGUUCAAGUGCAGAUCUGUCAACAGGAGAGAACUCUCUAAUUUACUGGACAUGCUAACAAAGAAAUAGCAGUGAUUUAAAAUCUCUACUCGGAAAUGGUGAACAACAGCAAACCCCAAGUAACUGAAGGAAAUGCAUAUGAUCACAGUGUAGUUCAAUUGUUAAAGUCAAUAUUGUCUCAGAUGAUCUGGGGAGAGAAUUCCACGGUAAGUGAUUUUGAAGUAGGCAAAAUGCCCAUGUAUUUGAUUGCCAAAUCAUGUGUAGCCCAGGCCCUACAAAAGAUCUCUCCUAGCUAAUUCUAUGUUAUGGGGAAUGCUGCCCUUCAUGACACAGAUGUUGAGAAAAUAGAAGUGGGUUUUUUGUUGAAUUUAUCCUUUGUAGGUGUUGAAAAUGUGUAUAAAAUCAAUGUUGGAAAUCUAAUAGCUGCAGAAAAAUAGCUAUUUUUGAGUAGAAUCUCCAGCUCUGGUAACAAACAAAGUUUAUGAUCCAGCGCUGUAUCCAGUCCCUUGCCUGGAACUGUGCCACCUAAUUAAAGAAAAGCUGGGCAUGCUUCGGGAAGCCGUUCCUCACUAACAUGGCUAAGAUUUUGAGUGGUUUUGUAAAGGAUUCUACUUCAGACAAGUGUAAAUUUACCCUAACCAAGGUCAAGGAUUUGGAAAGAACUGGGAUUGAAAGAGUCCACACUCAGUUCUUGGUUUCCACCCCAGUAAAGGAAGCUAUGGUGACCAAUGACCCAAGGACAAUGUUUUGUACAACUCCACUUCCUAGUUCAGUGUCACUGAUUACAGUUCCAGAGGAUACCAGGGUUAGACUGAGAACAAUCAUCCUUCACCAUUUGGAUCCAAAGAGAGAGUGCUUCAUAGGACAUUCCUUUCCCAUGGAUCCCAAACUGGCUGCCUGAUUGGGUAACAAGGACUUUCAGACUGUAGAAAUGAUGGUAACCCAUGAGGCAACUAAUGUGUCAGGCUCCAAUUUCAGACUUCUGGAUCCACGCAUGUUGAGUCCUGAUUCUAUGGUUUUGUGUCUGACGCUAUGGCUAUACAAUAAAGCUGAUGUCGGCGCAGCUGCAUAAUGUAGCUGCGCUGCUGUAGCACUUCUAUUACAGAUGCUCUCAGCCAAUGGGAGCGAUCUCUCCCAUCAGACUUUAUUAGUGUAGCCCCCACAAGUGGAAGUGGCUAUGUUGGCAGGAGAAGCUCUCCUGCUGACGUAUCACUAUCUACACAGGAGGUUAGGACUGUGUAAUUACAUUGCUCAGUGGUGUGGAUUUUUCACACCUCGGAGCAAUAUAGUUAUACCGAAAAAUGUCUUUAGUGUAGACCAGACAGUUCUCUCUUGUGUUUUAGGCAUUUACAUCACUUCUCCUCUCUUCACCUACUUUGAAAGAUUAAAAAGUGUGAAAAGGGAGGUAUUUUUCCUCAUGGUGCACAUGGGCCACAUAUUUCAGAAGAACCAGAGAUAUAAGAACUCACAGAAGUGGUUGGGACCUACGUUGAGACAAACCACAAAUUGAGCCAGGGUUCAGUUGUUGGCAAUGGGCAUUAAAAGAAAAUUAACAUAUAUAAUAAGAAUUUGUGAUCUUUGAAUAUGUUCUUGUUACCAAUGAAAAUGAAAUUAUAGGUGACGUUAUUGGUUAAAGAAUAAGAGACUAAUUGUAUGAUAAUCUGAAUUAUUUUGGAAAAGUGAUACUUGUCUUGUUUUGUUAGUCGUACAGGAAAUGAUGGCUAAUCUUGAAAAGUUAAUUUGAUUUAAUUUACCCCCUGUAGUGUAAGAAGAUCCGGUAGAAAACCUCACUCCAAUGGUUGGGAUGGAAGAAUGUGUGUGAGAAAGAGUGUAUAAGAGAAUAUUGGUCCUGUAUAGAUUUUAACUUUUUGUGUUUCAAAUAGAACUUUUUUUGCUUAGGCUACAUCUACACUACGGGGGGGGGGGUUGAUUUAAGAUACGCAAAUUCAGCUACGUGAAUAGCGUAGCUGAAUUCGACGUAUCGCAGCCGACUUACCCCGCUGUGAGGACGGCGGCAAAAUCGACCUCUGCGGCUUCCCGUCGACGGCGCUUACUCCCACCUCCGCUGGUGGAGUAAGAGCGUCGAUUCGGGGAUCGAUUGUCGCGUCCCGAUGGGACGUGAUAAAUCGAUCCCUGAGAGGUUGAUUUCUACCGGCCGAUUCAGGCGGGUAGUGUAGACCCAGCCUUAGUUUCAAAGUCUAUUUCUAUUAAAUAUUUGAAAAGACAAGGUGUAUAAGUUUUUACCCACUUAGACUGUAAGGGUUACUGACUUCCCAACUUCUCUAAUUUGCAAAGAAAAGGCAUGACAUCUGUCACAGGAUGUGUUCAGCAGGUAGGAAAGCUGCAAUCGUCAACCAUCAAUAUGAAGGAAAAGUCUGAAGUCCAUUACCUUUCAGGUUAAUAAGACAUCUAAAGGCUGUUCUAUGUUGAAAAGCUAUGUUGACAUAGCCACAUCUCUGAGGGGUGUGAAAAGUCCUCUCCACUGAGAGAAGUAGUUAAUGUGACCUGAGUCCCACUGUAGACAGUGUUAGGUUGCCAGAAGAAUAUUUCCAGUGUUUGAAGUGUAGACAUAGCCUUAGACAGAUUGAUCCCCUAUGGGAAGCGAGUCAUGACAUCAAUUCCAAAUUUGACCCAUCUCCCUGUAUGUGAGAAAGGUACUAGUAUGGAGGGCUGAGCCAGCUGUCCUAUUUCCUGGUUCCUCCACUGUAGCUACAGCUUUUAGUGCCCAUGAAUGCAAAGACUGAGAGAAAUGGAGAGUUCCAACCAUUGUCAUUUUAGUAUUUUAUUGUUCCUUUUUCUAUUUUUUGUGCUGGCCUUUCUGUUAUAUCAGUGUGUGACUGUGUAGCUCAGUGCAUGUGUGACAAAAGCUUAUUAGUGCCAAUUGGCAAAGGGGUCACUGUUAUUCACAAGCAACUCCUGUAUCAGAUCUGACAAAUUCACCACAGCUAAUACACUGCUUUUAUGUUAUUUAUCCAGGAAUCAGAGCAGUGAGAUCUCUACUGAAAGUUUGUAAAUUAUUGAUACUCCUACGCACUACAAGAGGUGUGUAUGAGUCAUAUUUAAGGAGUAAUAUAAGUACAUAGAAAAUUAUGCCCAUAUAGUAUUUUCAUUAAAGUGAAUCACCCCAAUCAUAGGUCUUGGUGGGGACGGCCCAUUCAAGUGGGAGGGAAUUGUCUUCUGUCCCUUGCUGACCAGUUAUGCGAUGUAUUGCUCAAUUGUCAAUCUUUGCACCAACCCGGAAAAACAAAUGGAAAACCAUCAAAGACAAACUAUAGACAUUGAAUCCUUGUGAAAGUGAAAAGGACAAUAUCACAAUGAGGAGAUUGUCCUUUCUGUGAAUAAAGAGAAAAGACUGAAUCAGUUUAUAACAGGGUGGAGAAAAACACUCUGGGUCCAUUCGCCAAGGAGAUCCCUACUCACCAGUGGUUCUUUAUGAAAGGCAGGGCCCUGGCUUCUAGGGACUAGUAAUCAUUGCAAUAGACUGAUGUGUGAGGUGAAAAUCUACUUAGAUAGGAAAGGUAACUAUUAAGUGUAGGUUGCAUUUUGUGAUUUUGUUUAGUUGGUAACAGUUGGUUUCCAUCAGUCACAUUUGUUUCUGUUUAAAUCUCUAUCCCUUGUGAAAUAAAUUUCCGUUUGUUCAAUAACUGUACACAAGUGCUAUGUGUGUUACAGUAGCAGUGGUCUACAGUAAAACUGGUAACCUGGGAUAUACCAUUGCUUCGGGAAGAGAGGAUCUGGGAUUUCUCUGAGUGUCUGGUGAUCGGGGCUGGACUCCAGAGGGGGACACAUUGAAGGAACUCAGGGGUUGGGUGCCUCUAUUGUCAACUGUCAGGGCUGCUGCAGCUCAGAAGAGGGUGCUUGAAUGUAUGACAGGCUCGAUGAGUUUCAUCGCUGACAUCCAGCUGCCAAAUGUAAAAGUCCCUCUUUCUAGUGGCAGAUGGCAACAAGGAGACUCACAGCCCUCAGCACCCUGAGAAGGGUCACAAUGUGCAUCCACCUCUGAAAUCCACACAGUGAAGGCACCCUUUGGCAUAGAUAACUGAAUCAAAAUAGCCCUAAAACUCUGCCCUACGAAAUCAUGGAACAUGUGCUCUUAGCUCUGUGAAAGCAUGUAAAGAAUCCAAGCGCUGGAGGGUAGGGAUAGGUAUGACAGUGUACCCCAAAAGGCUUUAUGGGGAGGGGGUGCUUAUAAAUGUAUGUAUGACAUAACUGGAAUAUGUUGUGCUGCCUGUGCCAUGUAAUGUAUCUCCGUAAAGGUUAUGGUCUACUAUAUCUAUUCCUCCUAUUUGUACACAUAUAUGUAUAUGAGGUUAAGAAUAUGGGCUGUGUACUUGCUUGGUUUCUAAGUAAGCUUUGGGAGGCAUUUGGUCAGUUUCUUUAGGAUGGAUUCACAAGGUUAAGUACCUGAUCAGGAAGCACUUGGGGAACAAUGCAUCUUGGAAUGCUCCAAUCCAUAUAAGAAGUCUUCCUGGAGACAUACAAGAUACCAUGUGGACAAUGGCUUCAGCCUGUAAAGACUGAGUCAUGCAGGGACAUGUGACUUGCCCAGGUGACUCCAGAACUCCAUCUUGGAGCUGGACUUUGCAUAGGAGUGAGGAGGGGGUUCUCCACCCACAAGAGAAAGUCUAUUUAAACCCAUGGGAGACCCCUCCAUUUUGUCUUCAGCUGGCUAAAGAAGGAGCCUCUCCACCCCCCAGGAUACGUGAAGGAAACUGGAACAAAGGACAGUAACUACAGGGGGUGUGAGUGAUUGCUGGACUCAGGCUAAAAGGAGAUUAGCCUGUAAAAGGGAACAUUCUGGAACUAGUGAGGAUCUUAUCUCUUUUUAGUUUGAUUAGACAUAGAUUUGCACAUUUUAUUUUAUUUUGCUUGGUGACUUACUUUGUUCUGUCUGUUACUACUUGGAACUACGUACAUCCUACUUUCUGUAUUUAAUAAAAUCACUUUUUACU